AUGAAGAAGAAUGCGGGCGGGAAUGCGGCACCAAAGAACAUCUCGGUGUUUCUUCGUGUGCGCCCCGCCGUUCCACGCGAGGCGAAGAGCACAUUCAAUAACAUAGUCUGCGACCCACAGGACCCGUGCAAAAUCACCGUCACGCGUAAGGGUGGCUCCAAGGCGCUUACAAAGUCAUACAGCUUCAACAGAGUCUUUCCCCCAAAGACAAGCCAGGAUGAGGUGUAUGCGAAGUUCGCCCGCGGCGCGGUGGAGGCCGCCUUCGACGGCCAGCACGGCGUGCUGUUCGUGUACGGUCAGACGGGCUCCGGUAAGACGUACACCAUCAGCAAUGAGGACCCGCAGAACCUCGGUAUGCUGCAGCAGAGCCUGCACGAGGUGUGGCAGCGCAUCCACAACGACACCGAGCAUGACUACACCUGUAGCGUGAGCUACGUGCAGCUGUACAAUGAGAUCCUGACGGACCUGCUGGACGCACAGAAGGGCCGCGUGCGCAUCCAACUCGGCCCAGAGGGACGUGGCGAUGUUGUGCUCGUUGCCGAGGCAUCGGGGCUUCCAAUUGAAAAGCGUGUGGAGAACUACGAGGAAUCAAUGGAGCUCUUCCGCGUUGGCAUGAAGCGCAAGGAGAUGACGAGCACCGUAAUGAACAACACUAGCUCGCGCUCCCACACAAUAUUCAGCUUCAACAUCACGCGUGCCACCAAAGUGAAGGCGGUGGAGGUGAAGGACGGCGAGGCUACCGGGGCGCCAACCAUCGCGCUGGAGGGCCGUCUUGUCGUCUGCGACCUGGCUGGCAGUGAACGCGUCAGCAGGACGCACGCGGAGGGCAAGACACUAGACGAGGCGACGCACAUCAACGGGAGUCUCCUUGUUCUCGGCAAGGUUGUUGCGGCACUGACAGAGAAGAGCUCGCAAUACGCGCCGUUCCGUGAGUCCAAGCUGACUCGAAUCCUGCAGUACUCACUGCUGGGUAACGGUAAUACCUCCAUCGUGGUGAACUGCAGCCCCGCGGAUGACUCCACGGAGGAGUCGCUGAGCGCCAUCCAUUUUGGUCAGCGUGCCAUUCAAAUCAAGCAGGAGGCGAAGCGUCACGAGGUGCUCGACUACAAAGCACUAUACCUGCAGCUUUUGGCUGAGCUUGACUCCAAGAACGACGGCACAUUGGAGGAUGCCCUGUCAGAGGAGCGGGAAGUGUACGAGGGACGCAUACACGCACUAGAAGACCGUGUGAGGCUUCUCACCUCUGAGAACGACUUGCUGCGGCAGGAGAACGCGCAACUCCGCGGUGGCGGUGCUUUGGCCCCCGGCGCCGAAGCUCCUGGCUGGCAGGUCAUGAGCAAGCAGCUGAGGGAUACACUGGGCGAGCGCGACGCGAACAUACGGGUGAUCAGCGAGGAGCGGUACAAGUUGGCUAUUCUACUUGCGGAAGAGAAACGCACUGUGUUCCGCCUGGCGGAGAAGCUGAGAGCAACGAUGCUGCGCUAUCAGAUGGAGUCCAAACGGUGGACGCAGAGACUUGAUGAACUUGGUAUGGAGCUCGCCAAGGUGAAGGGGACAGAUUUUAUCAGCUUUCAAAGUGGCGUCGGCGAGAGCACCUCCCCUCGCAUGUUGAGCAGCCCCAGAAUGAAUAUGGACUCCGAGAGCGGGCAACUAACCAUGGCCCAUGGCGAUACCUAUCUACAGGAGCAGCUGGACAAGGCGUUUCAGCAGAUACGCGCACUCAACCAGGAAAGGAUGGAACUCAUUGUGUACCAGUCGAAGGCGGAUAAGGCUAUUCGUAUGCUGCACGCAGAAAAGACAGCCCUUACAAACAAGGUUAAACAUGGAAGCGCGUAG